AUGUCUCAAAUGCUAAAACGUUUACAAGUAGUCGCGUUCAAUAUGCCAAAAUUGGAUGGUCGCUUAAUUCUCGCGCAUAGAUGCUUGUCUUCAAUUAAGUUUGAGCCAGCUGGAGGAGCAAAUCUUCUGCCUGCCGCUGAUCCGAAUGAAUAUGGUAUAAUUUUAUCUGUUGACCUUCUUUCGAUUUACUUAUGUCAUUUCCCUCCCUCACCCAAUUUUUUGCUUGGAGUACUAGAUUGCCAGUCAUUUCUUCCUAGCAAAAUUCACACGAUGCUGCAGGUAAUUUUGUGGAAUUCUGCAAGGAAGAAAUCAUGCCCAUUUUUUACAUCAAGGAAAAAAUUUGUUGGGGAGGGAAACUACAUAAGAACUAAGAUUAGUGGUGAUGUGCCAGAUUCUAUUGAGCAGGCAUAUGGUCAAGAAAAGAAGAUGAUAAUUGCUCGCCUUAUGGGCGAUGAUCGCUACGAGCCAAAACUAUUCUAUCGAGCGGAGAACAGCACUCGCGACUAUCCUAAUUUGGUUCCUUGUCACUUGAACGAGAAGCACAUGGUUUGCAAAUGUGAACCUGAUGCUUCAUAUCUUAUGGAAUGGAUUAUUCGGAAAGAUGGAAAGCCUCAUCGUUGUGAGUGUGGACAUUGGUUCAAGGCUGUUGACGCUGAGCCCGAAACCGUUUAA